CUUAGAUUUAGAAUGCUACAAAGAUGAGUGUUACUUAAACAACUUUGAGGGGGAUCGUGGUGGGUGAGCGCGAGUCGGCGUUUAGAAUUGUACUCAGGCAGGACCCGUCACCAGGGAUACGAGUUUCAGUUCGGUUUGGGACAAGAUAGAAGCUUGCUGUUAGUCGUGGUGGUUUUGUCAACGGACAAGCAAUCAUGGAUCCCGGCCUUCUAAAGCUAAUUCAAAUGGCCUAUGUUCUAAUCAAAAAGAAUGUCCUUUGGUGGAAAAUGCCUGCUGUAGUUAUCAUGGCUUAUACCUUCUAUCACCGUGAGAGAAUGAUGGACARCAAUCUCUUUGAUUCGUAUCCAAAUCCCCUUCCCUCUACCAAAAUGAAAUGCUGGGAUCCAGUCCUCGGUCGCAGGUUAUUAGGAUGCUACAACAAAAAUAAACUUGUUGAAGAAGCUGGAUUUCAAAAAGCGUUUCAAAGCGACAGUAUCACGCAGCAAUCGUGCAUCGACGAGUGUCAAAUCAGAAAAUACCCAUACGCCGCGMUCUUCAACGGGAUUACUUGUUUUUGUGGCGAUAAACUCAUCCAGCAAAAGGCUAAAGUAUGUAAUUGUAGAAAAAGAUGCAAAGGCGAYCGGACUCAACUUUGUGGUUCGAAAAGCAAACCAGGAGAUCGGAAUGAAUACUUUUCACUCUUCAAAACAGAUUUCUGCACUGAAGAGAUGAAGAAAGCACGAACACUCGAUGGUUCAUGUAACAAUUUGAACCUUACUGUCAUGGGAAGCCAGUUUUACCGGUUUGGMAGGAAUUUCCACUACAAUGAAACAGUGCUGCCCAAUGAACAGAGACUGUUGGAACCAAACCCACGAACUGUUGCGAGGAAACUUCUGAAGCGCAAUACGUUUAAACCAGCCAAGUGGCUCAACCUGUUUGCUUUAGCCUGGGUCCAGUUCAUGACGCAUGACUGGUUUGAUCAUGGCCGGCCUAUAGUUGGAGAAGAUCAAAUUCGUGUUCCACUGGAAAAGGAUGAUCCGUUUUACACGAGGUUUAGUGGUAAUUGGUUUGUGGAUAGAACCCGACCAGAUAAUUGCAACGAAGACCCUUCCAGGCCACUAAGCUUUCAAAACUAUGUGACGCACUGGUGGGACGCAUCGCAAAUCUAUGGAAGCAACGAAGCCACAAAUCGCCGAGUUAGAAGCGGAACACAUGGAAAAUUGAAAGUKGACGAUGAAGGAUUUCUCCCACUGGAUCCGAAAACAAACAUUGAAAUUACUGGCUUUUCUGAUAACUGGUGGAUCGGCCUUAGUCUGUUACACAACGUCUUCACUCGUGAACACAACGCUAUCUGUGACGUGUUACUCAAGGAGAAUCCUUAUUGGAGCGACCAAAAACUCUACGAUACUGCACGGCUCAUCACUUCUGCUCUUAUCGCCAAGAUCCAUGUCACAGAGUGGACACCAACAAUGCUAAACGAAAAGUUUGUUGACGAGUCAGUCAAGGUUGAAUGGUUUGGYAAUAUAUCCACAAUGGUUGAGCACUACUUAGCAGCCAACAACAUCACCUUGAAUCGCACGGCGAUCCAUGGUAACAUUGGUUACCCAAGUGAYUUUGGGGCACAAGGMACUCCAUUCACUUUAACAGAAGAAUUCAUCUCCGUUUAUCGUUUUCACUCCCUUCUUCCAGACAAUAUAGAAAUACGAUCCAUCGAUACAGGGGCCAAAACAGGGAACAACUACAGCCUACCAAACUUCUCAUUUGGCAAAUCAUUCAAGGUUUUCGACAGCAAUAGAAUAGAGGACAUUUUGUUCACGUUUGGAACGGAGAACCCAGGGGCACUGGUGCUCAACAACUAUCCAGCUACUACCACUGACCUGAUAGUGCCGGCUCACCAGGGGCAUGGGCUUGAAAGGCUCAUAGACCUAGCAGCCAUCGAUGUCAUUCGUGACCGAGAGCGAGGUGUUCCACGAUACAACAAGUUCCGAGAGCUUCUUCAUCUUUCACCAGUAAAAAGGUUUGAGGACUUUGACGUUACACCGGAACAGGUCGAACUGCUAAGAAAUGUCUACAACAACGACAUUAACAGCGUUGAUCUCCUGGUAGGCUCUUUAGCAGAGCGUCGGCCGGAUGGCUUUGCCUUUGGCGAAACACCGUUUCAAGUGUUCUUGUUUAUGGCUAACAGACGAAUGAUGACUGAUAGGUUUUUCAAUGACGACUUCACUGCUGAUUACUACACUCGAACCGGAAUCAACUGGGUCAAUACACAGACGAUGAAAGACGUUUUGCUCAGAGCAUUUGCCGACAUCGAAAAGCUUGGCGAGAAAAUAGAAGACGCGAAAACGGCGUUUUUUGAUUGGGAUUUAGUUGAAAAUGUCGACUAUUGAGCGAGCAAUUACAAGCAAAAUGAAUAGCUUGCAAAUUUCUCUUUCUAUUUUCUAUUUAAUUUUUCAUCAAGUUUGUAAUUUUUCCAACAAUUGUAUUGGGACUGGACUCUCUCUUUGUACUUCUUUCCAGAUAAGUAAUAUAUUCAGCUUCAGUGGCAUCCGGGAUGAUGAGUGAUUGUCACAAUUAACUUGUAUUUUGGUUCUGAAAUUAUUAUAUUCGGAGAGAAGAAAAAAAACUUAUUGGAUUUUCAUUGGAUCUUAUUUCUGUUGAAAUUUUAAUGAUAUCAUGUUAUUAAAUUCGUAUUUUGGAAAAAAACAAACAUUAUACCAAGGGUAUAAUGCAAUUUUUAUGAAACUCGACAUUUUUAUAAUAGUUUUAGUUUAUCUGGUGAUAAGAUUGUCACACAGGACAGGGUGGAGUAAAUUGUGGCUUCCGCUGUAAUAACACGUACACGUGUUCCUUUACCUCAUUUAGUCUAAUUUUGCUUACGCCCCUGUCUCUAUUCUCAAACAGUCAUGAUUGCACCACGAGUUUUAAUUUUUGGCCACUCGUUUGUACGACGUUUGAGGCAGUUUCUA